CUAGGUGUUUGCUGACCCCGCCCUUAUAUAUAAGAUUUCUGGCUGCGCAGCUGUCAGCUCAUUCUCACAGAGAUCCGUCACGCAGGCUCCGGUGAGAUUUACGCCCCGAUCUUUUCUUACCGACCCACCAACGAACCGCAGACAUGAGGGAAUGUAUCUCAGUUCACGUCGGGCAGGCCGGUGUCCAGAUGGGCAAUGCAUGCUGGGAGUUGUACUGUCUGGAGCACGGGAUCCAGCCUGAUGGACAGAUGCCCAGCGAUAAAACCAUCGGCGGGGGAGACGAUUCCUUCACCACCUUCUUCAGCGAUACCGGGGCGGGAAAACACGUUCCCCGAGCUGUGUUUGUGGAUCUGGAGCCCACUGUGAUUGACGAGGUGCGGACGGGAACGUACAGGCAGCUUUUUCACCCGGAGCAACUCAUCAGCGGCAAAGAAGAUGCCGCCAAUAACUACGCCCGCGGUCACUACACCAUCGGCAAGGAGAUCAUCGACUCCGUUCUGGACAGAAUCCGCAAGCUGGCCGAUCAGUGCCAAGGACUACAGGGAUUUUUGGUUUUCCACAGCUUUGGAGGAGGCACCGGCUCAGGCUUCACCUCCCUGCUGAUGGAACGUCUGUCUGUUGACUUUGGCAAGAAGUCCAAGUUGGAAUUCGCUAUUUACCCGGCUCCUCAGGUUUCAACCGCUGUGGUUGAACCAUACAACUCCAUCCUCACGACCCACACCACCCUGGAGCACUCAGACUGCGCCUUCAUGGUGGAUAAUGAAGCCAUUUAUGACAUCUGCCGCAGGAACCUGGAUAUCGAGCGUCCGACCUAUACUAACCUGAACCGUCUGAUCAGUCAAAUUGUAUCUUCGAUCACGGCCUCGCUCAGAUUUGAUGGUGCUCUGAAUGUGGACUUGACAGAGUUUCAGACCAACCUGGUGCCCUAUCCCCGUAUCCACUUCCCCCUGGCCACUUACGCCCCCGUUAUCUCUGCAGAGAAGGCUUACCACGAGCAGCUAUCUGUUUCCGAGAUAACCAAUGCUUGCUUUGAGCCGGCCAACCAGAUGGUGAAGUGUGACCCCCGGCACGGUAAAUACAUGGCCUGCUGCCUCCUGUACCGAGGGGAUGUGGUGCCCAAAGAUGUCAAUGUUGCUAUUGCUGCAAUUAAGACCAAGCGCUCCAUCCAGUUUGUGGACUGGUGCCCAACAGGUUUCAAGGUUGGUAUUAACUACCAGCCGCCCACUGCAGUACCAGGUGGAGAUCUGGCCAAGGUGCAGAGAGCCGUGUGCAUGUUGAGUAACACCACGGCCAUCGCCGAGGCCUGGGCUCGCCUGGACCACAAGUUUGACCUGAUGUACGCCAAGCGUGCCUUUGUGCACUGGUAUGUGGGAGAAGGAAUGGAGGAAGGAGAGUUCUCCGAGGCCCGAGAGGACAUGGCCGCCCUGGAAAAAGAUUACGAAGAGGUUGGAUUAGACUCGUACGAAGAUGAAGAUGAAGGAGAGGAAUAAUGUGUGUCUACUGCCAACCUUUUAAUUUCUCAUCCCAGAGUCCAAAAGGAUAUGACUCUGGGGUUACUUGCCAGUGCGGUUUUAAAAUAAAAUAAAUGUAAAUUCGGA